UAUAACCUUAAGCGAGCAAGUUGUAUAUACACAAGCUCAAGCGGACGCAAGCCUGCAACAUCGAACAUAACAGAGAAGUGCAGAGGUGUGCAGAAAGAGAAGGAGAUAUAGAGGCGCGCGAGCUGGACUGACAUGGUCGCUUUCUGCAUCGACUGAGAGAGUCAAGAGAGAGAGAGAGAGAGAGCAAACUGCGAUUACUGCGAAGGCUCGUAGAGCAGCAGCAUAAUACAAUAGAUUGACUCGUAUAAGGCUCGUUGUCGCAGCCGUCAUCGCGAAUCGCGUUCCGCUUACAACCAUACAUGUUAUUAUACAAAGCAAGUGAGACGGGCGGGCUUUAAAUACAAACAACGAGGGACUCUAUCCUAAAAACACGAAUAGCGGAAUAGAACCGAUCGGAUUGAUAAUAACUUUCACGGGCCGCAGACACAAUCAGUGCGCGUUCAAAGUUUUAUCAUGCUUUCAUCGGCCGAUUAAAUACAUCGAAGCGCCCCGAUCGUGCAUUAGCGAUAUACGACAGCUACGACCGACUGCUACGAGCAUCGUAAUACAUAUACACUAUACAGUGCUUCGAAGGUUAUGUGCGCUCCUGCGAACUUUGCCGCUGCUGCUACAAUCGCGCGAGUACAUCGGGCCAACAGCAGCGGGUUGUGAGUUGCGCGGCUGAAAGAACGUUGCAACUUUUGCAUAUAUAGUGUCGUAUCGAGCAUCCAACGGAGGUGACGGAACCUCGGACGUCGACGUUGGCUAGCCCAGCCGCGAGUGCUCGAAGAGGAAAAAAACGCCGAACGCGUUGUUGAAAAUCGCGGACGACGCACGUCGUGCCUGCAUAUACGCGCAUAUACAAAGCCAUCGUCGUCGUGUGUACAGCUUUCUUCUUUGGCCGUCGCGCGAUUCUCUUCUAACGCAAACGCGCCGCCUGCCUCGCGCUGUUGCGGAUUGUUUGUGUGCGUGUGCGCCCCCUCUAUAUAUACACAAAGUCGUGUUCGGCGAUCGCGCUCUGCGCGUCGAGUCUGUACACUAAGCUCGCGGUACGUACUGUGUAGACUGUGUACACCUCUACAGUCUCUUUACGCCAUUAUAGGACUUUUCUUCACUGGCGACUCGAGAGUUCCCGAAUUUCGCCUAGGUACGAUCGCGAGGCCGAAAUUUUUACUAGUGCGCGCCGACUACGAACGCAACUGCGCCCAGUACUUUUGUUUAUAUUCUCGACUCAAUCGUCCCAACAGUGAUGGGCAUGGGCUCAGUAAAUUCGCGGAGAGCCCGUGUCCUCGAAUUGUCAUUAUCAUCGUAUGAUAAUGAUUGUGUGAAAUGCGUCUGCAAGUAAUACGAAGCCGCUGAGCAUAGUCUUGCAUCGUCUAUCGCGACAGAGAAAAUUUCGCCCAACCGAAAGUUGCAACAGUGACAGAAGAAGAAGAAGAACGAACGAAGGAACGACAAGAAGCAGCAAUAAAAACAGAGGCAGCAGCUCCUCUAAACGCUUGUGUUGUGUGGCGCGGCGGUGUUUAUAUAGGGGAGACAGAGCGGCUCGUCGUAAUAACCGUAUACAUACAUUUAUUACUAGCCGUUAAUCCCUCGCGUGCGAUUCUGUAAAAGUGAGUAGUGUGCUCGCGACGCAGAGCAACAUAGCAUAAGCAACUAGCCGAGUAUCGCGGAUUCAGUAGCGCGCGACGCAGGCUCAGAUCAACAACAAUCAUGGCGGCCCCCGUGCUCAAGUGGAGGCGUAUACAGACUCCGUCGGGACCGCAACCUAGGCCUCGGCACGGCCACCGAGCCGUGGCCAUCCGAGAUCUUAUGGUGGUCUUCGGAGGCGGCAAUGAGGGCAUCGUCGACGAGCUGCACGUCUACAACACCGCGUCAAAUCAGUGGUUCGUUCCUGCUACAAAAGGGGACAUUCCACCAGGAUGCGCCGCUUACGGCUUUGUCGUGGAUGGCACCAGAAUUCUCGUCUUCGGAGGCAUGGUCGAAUAUGGCAAAUAUUCUAAUGAGCUGUAUGAACUGCAAGCCAGUCGCUGGGAAUGGAGGAAGCUAAAACCAAGACCACCAAAAUAUGAUCCACUUCCAUGCCCAAGAUUAGGACACAGCUUUACCCUCAUUGGCAACAAAGUCUUUCUUUUUGGAGGCCUUGCCAAUGACAGCGAAGAUCCUAAAAAUAAUAUACCACGAUAUUUAAAUGAUUUGUAUACUCUGGAAUUACUCCCUAGUGGUUUGACCGCCUGGGACGUUCCUGCCACUCAUGGUCCUGCUCCUCCUCCCAGAGAAUCUCAUACAGGUGUAGCAUAUACAGACAAAACCACUGGAAAAUCUUGUUUAGUAAUUUAUGGUGGUAUGAGUGGGUGCCGUCUAGGAGAUUUAUGGUUUUUAGACAUUGAUACUAUGAGCUGGAACAAACCAAUGGUUCACGGACCAACUCCUCUCCCACGAUCUUUGCAUACUGCUACUCUUAUUGGUCAUAAAAUGUUUGUUUUUGGAGGGUGGGUUCCUUUAGUCAUCGAUGAAGUAAAACUUGCCAGCCAUGAAAAAGAAUGGAAGUGUACUAGUAGCUUAGCUUCUUUAAAUUUAGAAACUCUUACAUGGGAACAGUUACAAGUUGAUGUCUCAGAAGAAAAUGUGCCAAGAGCCCGUGCUGGACAUUGUGCUGUAGGCAUUCACAACCGCCUUUACAUUUGGUCUGGUCGUGAUGGUUAUCGCAAAGCAUGGAAUAAUCAGGUGUGUUGCAAAGAUUUAUGGUAUUUGGAAGUUAGUAAGCCUAAUGCACCAUCUCGAGCCCAUUUAAUCAAAGCAGCAAUCAGGUCGCUGGAUGUUACUUGGUGUCCAAUUCCAUCUGCUACACACUAUAUUCUUCAAAUACAAAAAUUCGACGUGCCAUCAUCCAGUGCUGCACCCACUACUCCUGCAGCAAUUCCAACUUCCACUACAACUGCACCUAUUUCAAAUGCUACAACUCCAACAUCGGCAGCUUUGCCAUCUAUUGCCUCAGCAGCUUCAAACCCAGUAACUAAAACACCAAUCCCAUCUACUCCCAGUCCAGUUCGUGUUCAGUCAAAUACUCCAAAAAUAGCAUCAGGAUCACCUGCUUCUGUUGCUUUGGCUGCAAAGCAAAUAUCUGGAAGUCCAACACCUGUACGAACUUUAUCAGCUGCGAAUGUUGUACGUAUCCAAUCGCCAAAUUCCACUCUUCAAGGAACCAUUGUGACCACGACUUCUCCAGCUACUACUAUAGCUAGUACAGCCAUAUCAACAACAACAACUACAACAUCUUCUGGCAUGUCAGGUAUGGCAGCUCUUGCAGCUGCAGCAAUGACUCACAAGAUUAAUAUGAAUAAUGUGCAAGUGAGCUCAACUGCAGCAGCUUCUGCAAGCACUGGUACACCUAUAAGGAUGAAAACAGUUCAAGCCGGUCAGCAAAUUCGAUUUGCAUCACCUGGAGGUACAGUACUCCGCACUGCGUCACCGCAACAAGGCAAGCAAAUUAUAAUUCAAAAACCGGGAGGUCCAAAUAUUGCUGGCCAGCAAAUUGUUCAUCUAGUAAAAGCAGGUCAAAAUAUGGUUGCAGUACCUAAAAUGAGUUUGAUUCAAGGCAAAACUGUUACAGCAACAGCAAGUGCAGCUGGUACUAUCAGCGCAACUGGUACUCAAACUGUUGCUGGAAUUAAGGGUACUAAUCAAGGCCCGACAAUUCUUCGACUUGUAAAUCCUAACGCUGUUGGUGGCCAAAAAAUAUUAACAACGAUGAAGUCAACGAAUCUAGUGGCUAUGAGCAAAGCUCAAAAUAUCGCUGGGAAACAAACAAUAAUGAUCACGAAACCAGGCGGAAAUGGAAAUAUUGUGACUGCUCGAUCAAAUCAAAUUAUUGUUGUAACUUCCGGUUCUAAUUUAAGAACUGUUCAAAAUGUUACUACUUCACAAGCUGGUUCAGGAACAGGAACAACCUCAAUGAAUGUUAUGCCUCUGUCAGCAACUAAUCAUGUUGGUGGUAAUCAACCGGUCAAAAUGAUUGUUGUUUCUUCAAGUGGUAUAGCUGGAGGAACAGCUGGUAAACCUCUUACAAUCACAAUGCCCGGACAGGGUGGUAAAACAGUUACCAUUGCUAAAGCUGGUACAUCAGGUACAAUUCUUCAUAAAAAUCAGCUUAUGGCUAUGCCUCAAUUGCAGAAAGGUGAAGCGUUACAUGGUAAGCCUGUAACACUGCAAGUUCAAGGCGGCACCAAGACUUUGACAUUAAUGCCAACAUCUAGCUCCAUUGUAAAUGCUACUUCUGCAGCAUCUGUAGUAGCAGCUGCAACUGCUCCAAUAGAGACAGGAAUUGAUUCAAAUAAAGUAGUUCUGAUAUCACCUCAAAAACAACCAUCAGCUACUCUAGCCACUGCCUCUGAUGGACCAGCCACAACUGAUGCUGCUCUUGCUGCUUUAGCUGCUGAAGCCGGACUUAUAGAUCCAGUUCAAGAACCAUCGGGAGGUUUAUCAUUCAUGAUGGCAUGUGAUAGCCAAGAUAAGGAAAGUUGCAAUGGUGCAGAUACAGCUAACGUUGCUAGCAUGGAACCAAUGCAAGUUGACGGUGAAAUGCCCCAAUUAGAUGGAGCUGCAGACUAUGCUUUCUCUGAUGAAGAAUCUGAAACAACAGCAAAUGAAGAACAACAUGAAGAACAACGUGAUGAACAACAUGAAGAACAACACAAUGAACAACAUGAUGAACAGCCUACUGAAAAUGAUGAUGACCAAAUUAAUGAACCUUUUGAAGAUCAGCCUACCGAAGAGCCAGUUCCUGCUUCAGAACCACAAACUGAUCAAGAUGUUGAUGAAGAUAUGGCUGCUAUCACAGGAGAAGAACCAUCUGAAAAUCCUGCCCAUGAUGAAGGCAGCCAAUCUGUAGAUUCUAUGAACGUUGAAGCUAUUCUUGCCGGAACUGACACUACAGAGGAGUCUAAUGAAAAGAAAAUCCCUGAAGAAAUUAAAACCAAUGACAUUGAUGAAAACUCAAAAAUAGAAGCAGAUGAACAAACUCCUGCUGAAAAUGAACAAACUGAUUCGAUUGAUGAAUUAGCUGCCUUAGUUAGUGACCCAAAUACUCCUGUUGAUUCUACACUAUCUAAAGACGAUAAACCCAUGGUAGAAAUCACCAAAGCUGAUGAAAUAGAACCCACCCAUAAAGAACUUGAAACUAACAUAACAUCAAAUAAUGAAGGUACAGAUCAAAGCAACGUGGACAAAUCUUCGCCGUCGAUGCUAUUGAAAUCUGAAAAAGAAGAAAUAUCUUCUAUAGCUGAUUCUGAAGAAGUUGCACCAGAAAAUAAACCAUCUGCUGCAUCCGAUUCUCAUCAAGAAUGCGAUAAAAUGGAAGUUGAUCAAGAGCCUAGCAAAGAGUCAAAAAUUAAUCUUAAGACAGAAUCUACUGAAACGGCGGCAACUUUGGCAGAAGAGAAGCCUCUUUGUAUCACACAAUCUGAGCAACCAAAAUCUAACAAAAUUACUCCAGAUCUAGUUAAAGUUAAAGUAGAAACAGAAUCUGACGCUAAUGCAACUAUAAAUACAGAUUCAUUGUCUCAUGCUGCUCGUAAUACUGAAUCUAAUACAAAUAAAGAUGUUAAACCAAAAAUGGAACGAAUAAAAGUUAGUGGUUCUCCAGCUCGCUCAGCACAAUCAACAGUACCAUUAGCAGCUUCUGCUCCUGUCACUCCUGUUUCUGUUACUUCAAAUGGAGUUACUGCUUGUAAUAAUUCUUCGCCUACGAAAAAUACGAUUUUAUCUAUUAAACAAGAAAAACAUGACGACAAUACUGAAGAUUCAGCUGCUUUGACAGCAUUGGCAACUGCUGCACUUGGUACAACAGCUCCAACUGCUCAGCCCAUUGCAGUAAAGAUUAAAAAUGAUCCCAUCGUACCAAAAGAGGAAAAAAAUGAAUGGUAUGAUGUAGCAAUAACGAAAGAUCAUACAUUUACUGUGCAACACUAUUAUCUUCCGGGAGAAGAACCAUUAGACGCAACAAAAGUUUCAGUUCCUUGUGAUGCGUUCAAAGGAAGAAUAAAAGUACCUCUGGAACCAGGAACAGCUUACAGGUUCAGGGUAGCUGCAGUUAACAGCUGUGGUCAAAGCCCUUGGAGUGAAAUAUCAGCUUUUAAGACAUGUCUUCCUGGUUUUCCUGGAGCUCCUAGUGCUAUUAAAAUAGUCAAAUCAUCUGAGGGUGCCCAAUUAUCAUGGGAACCACCAGUUAGUAAUUCUGGGCCGAUUCUGGAAUAUUCUGUAUAUUUAGUGGUACGCAACACUAGUACUGUAAACUCUGAAAACAACAGCGGUGAUGUUUCAUCAACAACAGCUUCGCAACAGCCUUCAUUCAUUCGAGUUUACUGCGGUAUUAUGAAUGCAUGUUCAGUGCCAAAUAAAGCACUUAGUGCUGCUCAUCUAGAUAGAACAUCAAAGCCAGCAAUAAUCUUCAGAAUUGCAGCACGUAAUGACAAAGGUUAUGGACCAGCGACUCAAGUGAGGUGGUUACAAGAUCCAUCCAACACAGCAAAACCCACACAGAGUGUUAAAAGACCUGGUUCUCUCUCAACGCCAAGUCCUGUCAAAAAGAUCAAAGGAGACACGACGAACGAUAAUACUUCGUGAGCAACCCACUUUAACGUGACAGCAAAAAGCGUUCGAUUUGCAAUGUAAUUAAUCCGUGCAUCACCACUGCUCACUCAUUGAGUACAACGAUAUUAUUUGUGAGUUUCAUGGGUACUUUUGGUACUUUAUUGAUUAUAUUAAAGUGUUGAAUAGAACUUGUAGUAUUCUUAGUGAAAAGUGGAUGAUUAAUAGAUGUCUAGAAGCUCAAAAAGCAAGCUAAGAAUGAAAGUGACAAACUUUUUUAAUAAAACUGAGACUGAAUGACUUAAUCAAAAAUAUAUAUUAUACAUAUAUAAAUAUCUAAAAACUUAAGAUUUUGAGCUUGAGUCAUUCAUGCUUCAGAUUAUAUCGAGAAUAAUCCGUACUUCCGAUGGAAAAAUUUAAUAACAAGUUUUGAUUAAAAAUGUCAUCGUUCAUGUCUGGAUCUUAUGAAUUAAAUGAAAAGAGAAAAGCGACAAAAUCGCAUGUGACAAAGGUGAAUAACGGGAAAACAUUUAUAUUAAUCUAGCUGUGUACACGAUUCAAAAUCUACCAGCAGAAUUGUUAGUGUCCAAAUGUCAGUUUCAAAUGAAUCUUGUAGUUCUAAAAAAAUUGUCUUAUUGUUCACAAUAUAAUUUUUCGUCAACAUCACCUGAAUUAAGAAUAAAUAUACUUUU